AUGGCAGCAGAGGAGAAGGAACAGAAUGGAGGCAAGAAGAUCGAGGGCGUGAAACUGAUUCUGCUUGAUAUUGAAGGAACAGUCUGCCCAAUCUCCUACGUCAAAGACACACUGUUCCCCUACGCAACCCGCGCCCUCCCCAGCGUCCUCGCCAAACAAUGGGACUCCCCAACCUUCGCCCCCUACCGCGCCGCCGCCCCCGAAGCAGCCCGCGCAUCUCCAGAAGCCUACAUCUCCGCGGUCAACGACCUCACCGCGGCGAAUUCGAAAAUCCCCUGGCUCAAGAAUCUCCAGGGCUACCUCUGGGAAGACGGCUACAAGACGGGCGCGUACUCGACUCCGUUGUUUGCUGAUGUGGUGCCGGCUUUGAGGCGGUGGAGGGAUGGAGCGUCGAGGUUGGCGAUUUAUUCGAGCGGGAGUGUGUUUGCGCAGAAGCUGUUAUUCGCGCACGUGCAGACGUCUGACGGUGAGGGAGGGGAUCAGCAGACCGAGGACUUGACGGGUUUGUUUGAGGGAUGGUUUGAUACGACGAAUGCUGGGCCGAAGACUGAGGCGAAGUCGUACGAAAUCAUCGCUGAGGAACUCAAGCUCCAACCCGAAGAGAUCCUCUUCUUCAGCGAUAACGUGCGCGAGAUCGAAGCGGCUCUCAAAGCAAAGAUGCAGACUGUCUUGGUUGACCGGCCGGGCAAUGCGCCUCUCGAAGAGGGCGAUGUCGAGAAGUAUCGCCUGGUCAAGUCCUUCGAUGAGGUCGAGGUGUAG